CUGCCGCUGCACGAGGUUAAGAUGUUUGCUGCUCCUUUCCCAGGCGGUACAACCUCCUCCAUGCUGCCACGUCGCAGCCCGGGGGGUGGGACGGCAGUGGCGGCUGGGAAGUUGGUCAGCCGGGAGUGUGUCCCGAGCACCGCAGCGACAUCGUGCCUGGGAGGCCACAGCCCGAAGAGGCACAGACCACUUGCAUAUCUGCAAGAAGAGCUGCAAGGAGCAACCUGACCCAUCCUGUACCCUUCCAACCACCAACAUGGCAUCACCAAUGAGGAGCUUGUUUAGUGACCCUGACAGAUACCUCCAGUCUUUCCGCCUCUUCCUCACAAAUUCAACCGAGCACCAGUGCAUGCAGGAGUUCAUGGAGAGACAGUUGCCAGCUGUGAUAGGGAGUAUUGGAAACGGGAAGUCUACAAUCAAUAUUCUAAGCGUUGGUGGUGGAGCAGGUGAGAUUGACCUGCUGAUACUCUCAAAAGUACAAGCCAGAUAUCCAGGGGUCACCAUCAACAACCAUGUGAUAGAACCAAGUGCUGACCAAAUCUUCAAGUACAAAGAGCAUGUGGCUGCAACAUCAAACCUUGAGAACGUAAAGUUUACCUGGCAUGAGGAGACAGCUUAUGAAUAUGAAAGUCGAAUGAGUGCAGAAAAGAAGUCUAAAAAAUGGGACUUCAUUCACAUGAUCCAGAUGCUGUAUUAUGUGAAAGAUGUCUCAGCGACUAUCCAGUAUUUCCACAGCCUCCUGGAAGAGCAGGCGAAGCUCCUCAUUAUCCUGGUGUCAGGAACCAGUGGCUGGGAAACAUUAUGGAAGAAGUUCGGGUCUUCCUUCCCUUUAGAUGAUCUCUGCUCUUACGUUUCAUCUGCUGACAUAAAAAGGAUGCUGGAUUCAGCUGGGCUGAAGUGCCAGCUUCAUGAGCUCCCAUCCCACAUGGACAUAACAAGCUGCUUUAUUGAAGGGAACGAGGAUGGGGAGAUGUUGCUGGACUUCCUGACAGAAACUUGUGAGUUUUCUAAAACUGCUUCUCCUGAACUAAAGCGUCAGGUAAUGGAAGAGUUAAGAAAGCCUGAAUGCAGUCAAGAAAGAGAUGGAAAGAUACUUUUUAAUAACAACCUGAGUGUAGUAGUGAUUGAGCCAUGAGUUAACCUCUUCUUGCUUCCUGAUCUAAAGCAAAUAGUUAAAUACAAACUGUUAACAGCUGAAAUACAUAUUUCAUCCUUUAGAAAUAGCUUAGUUUACUUCAGUAUUAAUACAUUACUUUUUGAGCCUGUUAAGAAAUCAGUAUUAAUAUCUGUUAUGAGUGAACUUUAAUACCUGAUUAAUUCUGUACCAAUCUAUGAAUGUGUAACUCACUAAGCAGUUAAUUGUGCUUUAUCAGAUAGACAUGUAUAAUCAGAUGUAACUCGUACCAUCCACUCAGGCACUGCAGAAACCUAUUUCCUAAGAAAUAAUCAAGAUCUAUAACCUUUUCAUCAUCAUUUAAAAACUCUCUACAGACUAAAUAAGCAAAUGAUGACUUCUCAGUGCAGAUGGCAAGAGUGGAGGCUCAGAAUGACUGACCAUGAGUGUGGCUGCUAAGUGGGAUUUCUUGAGCUUUUGACUUGAUCUCAUACUUCCAGUUAUUGUGAAAGUGGACUCAUGCAUUCUGCAUUUGCAAUGGUUGCCAGCUCCUGCCUCUGCAGCCAACUCCAUUUAAUGGCACUGCUUCCCUUCCUUUUCCCCACAUUUUUACUUUAUUUUCAUGAUGCUGCACCUGCAGAGUGAUUUGUGUACCAGGUCCUUCUGGCACUGCAAGAGGGGUGCAAUUGAAGAUGGUUAAGUCACAGCAGUGGUAACAACUGUCCUUGAGAGGUCGUUUUCACUAGUGAGCCCUGACGCAAAGCCUUUGCUAGGAAUCAGCUACUGUUGUCACAUAGGACUUUUGGAUACUUUUAGUUUACCACACAAACCUUUCUCUAGCCUGGAAGCAAGGGCCAUUUGUGUUUUGUGAGCUUUGUAACAAUGAAAAUGUAAAAUUAAACACUGAUGCCAAACUGA